AUGACGUGGAUUGUGGCUAUCAGACCAAUGCCCCCACUGCAAAUGAAGGUAGGCGACCGAAAUUCCGUUCACAGCGCACAGUCAUGGAUGAUUCUCGAAUGUAUCGAAUCGAACCAACGUGCAGACAAAGAGACUUUGAAAACUGCACUGGAUGGAGAAUCCUGGGAAAUUCAUCAACACGAUGUUGAGACGUAA